GUUUUAUUGUCGUAGCCAAUCGCACCGCUGUGGGCGUGGCCACCGAUGAAACAGCGGAAGAUUCGAAAGGAAGAUGGCGGCUGACAACGGUCCCCAUAACAAUAAUAAACGGGACAGAAGGGGCACAGUGUGCAGUGUGGUCAUCAGCCAGGAGACUACAGCUAUCAGCCAGCCCGUGAUCUUCAACCCAGACUUCUUUGUGGAGAGGUUGAGGCAUGAGCAUCCCCAGGCAUUCACAGAUCUGGUGUUAAGCAAUAUCACUCGCCUCAUAGACCUCCCAGGGGAUGAGUUUGCCCAGCUUACAGGGGAGGCCGAGCCUAGGCUGCCCUCCCACGUUGGCUUUCUGCGCUCCUUCAACUUUCUCAAACGAAAAGACAAAGGAGUGGUUUUUGGUGCACCAUUGACUGAAGAAGGAAUUGCACAGAUUUAUCAGCUCAUUGAAUACCUGAGCAAGAACCUCCAUGUGGAGGGAUUGUUCCGUGUGCCGGGUCACAGCUUGAGGCAGGCAGCCCUAAGGGAGAUGUUGAAUGCUGGGGCAGAGAUAGAUCUGGAGACGGGUGACUUCCACCCCAAUGAUGCAGCCACCCUGCUCAAAUCCUACCUGGGAGAGCUGCCUGAGCCCCUGCUCACUCACAGGCACUACCAUGCUCACCUGAAGAUUGGUGAACUGACUCAGCUGGACGAUAAGGGGAAUAAGACAGAUCUGCCUGACAAGGAACGCCAGAUCGAGGCUUUCCAGCUGCUUUUCAUGCUGCUGCCCCCAGCCAACCGCAGCCUGCUGAAGCUGCUGCUGGACCUCCUGUACCACACUGCUCGCAACCAGCACACCAACAAAAUGUCUGCUCUCAAUCUAGCCACGAUGUUUGCGCCACACAUCAUCUGGCCCAAAAAUGUGACGGCUAAUGAUCUGCAUGGAAACAUCAAGAAACUGAAUAAUGGCAUUGCGUUCCUUAUCAAGCACUCACAGAAACUGUUCAGGGCACCUGUAUAUAUAAAAGAAUUCGCCCGCUUAUACUUCACUGGAUCAAAAACCCUUCAGUCAAAGGAUGACCUGACGCUGCGUGCUGGGACGAAGGAUGGGCAGACGGCAGGGCAUGUAGCAGCAGACAGCGCCUGUUCCCCCUCCAUCAGAGCAGGUGAAGGUGAAAUCACUAACACCUGCUCAGUGGGGAGUCACACUGAAGCAGCCCUCAGAGAGCUGUACCAGCAGGUCAGCAACAUGCCUGAAUCUGCCAAAAAGAAGAAACUCAUCAGACAGUUUGAAAGGGAGCCUUUGCUGUCACCUUCACUUGAAUCUCAGACGCUGAUCAACAGGAGACAUCGGCGCUCACGCUCCUUUGGGGGAAUUAUCAAGAGGAGAGUUUUGGGGAGCCAGGCAUCAACAGAGAAGGAAGACAGCACGCUGGCGACUCCUUUGGCCAGCAGUUCAGUGGGGGGCCAAGGAAAAGAAAAUGACAGCCUUGGAGGGGAUUUGUUUUUUUAUAAAAGGAUGUGGCCUUCGCCAACUAAGGAGACAUCGGUCUAGCUCAUCGGUUAAGAGGACUCAACAGGAUCUUCAGACACAAAUUAACAGGGAGGCAAAUUUAAUUGUCCCCAUUUAAACCAAACACUAUAGGCGGAGUGCUGGAAUACUAAAGCCAUAUCAAGAUUUUACCAUGAGCAGUUGAAGUUUGGAUCUGAACAUGAUCUAUACUUGUGUAACACAUUGGCAAAAUAAAACAAAAACAGCUCCAACUAAAUAUUAGUUUAUGCAGAAAUAAUGUAAUUCCCCUGUUGUGCUUAUUCCAAGUUCCACAUCCCUGGAGAGACUAACCUGUCCUCUUAAUUCCCUGAACUUCUCCAGUCAGCACAAUGCAGAUAACAUGCAUUGAGUCAUAUUGCUUAGCUCAUUAAUUACUCUAUUCAGAUUUAAUUACUAACUUAAAACAUUUAGCAUGUUUCAUGGCCUUUUUUUUUCUUUUUAAUUAAUCCUGUGUGUUUCAAGUUCCUGAAGUCAAAUUUAUGUAAAGUUAUGUAAUAGGCAGGGUUGGUUAAAUUUGCAUAAGUAUGAAUGGCGUUUUAAUGAAAUUUAAUCUCUCAAAAUGUUUUAUCUGGCAUUACGUUGGAACAACUUUAGUUAGAGUGACACGGUCGGUACAGGCUGUUGGAUAGACUGUUACUGUUAGAACAAUGAUGGGAAAAUCAGAGUUGUGCCUUAAAUUGAAAAUAUCUAUAGUUAUUGUGUGAUGCAGUUUUAAUUUAAUUUAAUACUAUUUAAGUAUGUAAGUUUGAUGAAAUUUUGCUUUUUUUAAAUGUAUUUUUUUUUAUAUAUAAAUCACCUGUAGUUUUUGAGGGUGUUAAACAUGCUAUAACAAACGAACUAGUGUCCGAGUGGAGUGAGGGAGCGAUCAAAAUCGAAGGACAUCGAAGGACAAGGACAUCCGUGUUGUUCACAUUGUCGGUGAGAACUGAAUUUACCUUGUUUGGUUUUGUUUAGUUUUUUUCCCCUCUCUUUUCUUGGGGAGUGUUUUAUUCUAGCCAAAGUCUUAAGCUGCCAAUACUGUGAUACAUCUUUUUAGAUGAAACUACUGCUUCAUGUUGAGUUUAAAAAAAAAAAAAAAAAAAAUACAUAUAUUUUUUUUCCCCCCUCGGGCCAGCUUUAAUUGUUAUGUUAACAUUGGGUACUUUUUUUUUUUUUUUUUUUUACUCUUAAUGUUAUAUUAUCUAUAUUUUUAAUGGCUAUAAAUGUUCAGCAAGGCAGUGCUUCAGUUUAAUUUCACUGUAUGCAGUCAUUUUGCAAUGUUUGUUCAUUUUUAUGUUGACUGCAAAUGAAAAUGAACCUGUUGUUGGCUUUCUGUUGUACUGCUUACUGUUGAGUGUACUAAGACACCACCACUUCCUAAAACCUCCCUCAAACUUAGGGGUAGCCACACACACAAAAUUGUAGAUAACUGGACACACACACAGGCAACUAAAUCUCCAGUCAGUCAUUGACUGGUAAGAGUGGUUUCCUGGUGGUGAUGUUUCUUCUGGAUGUUAAAUCACAAUGUCAAGCUUUCCCUUUCUGUAGCAGCUUUCCAUGUCAUUGUUUGCUGUGUCAGACUGUUACAACUGAAUCAUAAUGUGAUACAUGCCACAUGGUCUGAUCUACACACAAUACUGUAGACUGAUAUUGAUGCUACUGUGAAGCUAUGCAAUACAUUUAAAUUAAAAGCCAUGAAGCCAUGAUGACGUCUGAGAAUCUAUGCAGUCUUAACAAUACAGACUGAAAUGCUGA